GUAUUACUGCAUUUCCUUUUCCGCUAUUAACAAGGUGUCGUUGGGAAUAGUUGUGUUCUGUAAUGUAAUGUAUUGCUAAUCAUCGUGAGGUAAUUAUUGUUAGAAAUAUAGAAAGUUGUAUAAUAACGGCAUAAUAUGCCUCCCAAAUUUGAUCCAAGCGAAGUGAAAGUUGUGUUUCUGAGAUGUGUUGGUGGUGAAGUGGGUGCGACAUCUUCUUUGGCCCCAAAGAUAGGUCCCCUGGGUCUUUCUCCAAAGAAAGUUGGCGAUGAUAUUGCAAAGGCAACUUCAGAUUGGAAAGGUCUGAAAAUCACUGUGAAGCUUACAAUCCAGAAUAGGCAGGCAGCAAUAUCAGUUUGUCCAUCAGCAGCAUCGCUUAUUAUUAAAGCACUUAAGGAGCCCCCUCGAGAUAGGAAGAAGCAAAAGAACAUUAAACACAGUGGCAACCUUUCCUUUGAUGAUGUAAUGAGCAUUGCCAAAAUGAUGAGGGACAGGUCCAUGUCAAGAAAAAUGGAGGGAACUGUGAAGGAGAUCCUAGGAACAUGUCAGUCUGUUGGCUGCACAGUAGAAGGAAAACUUCCGCAUGAUGUAAUUGACCAGAUAAACAGUGGAGAGUUGGAAGUGCCAGAAGAUUAAUUCCAAAUGCUUGGCGCUAAGAAAUAAAUAAAGUUAUCAUCAUUAA